AUGGCUACCACAACAACUCCCUCAAAUGUAUCUGGAGCGGUUCCACCAAACCAGCCAGCAACAGCAUCAAACCCUGGCCUUGUCCAAAUGCAGUUGGUCCGCUUCCCUCGCCAGAUGCUUACAAAUGUUCUUCCACCUCGCCCGAUCCCUCAUAGACCCCGCCAAAGACAUCGUAAGAAGGGUUUCGACAUACUUGGCCUUCCCGCGGAGCUGUUUGUCAUGGUUAUGAGGGACUAUCUCACCAUCUGCGACCGUGCUUCGUUUGCACUGGUCUGUAAAGCGUUCGCCCAGAAAGUCACCUCUUUCCAUACAAUGCUCCAACUUCCUGCUCCCCACCAAGACCAAGAUUUAUAUGGGAUGAGACGUUUCUUCCGAAACACGUUGAAGUCUUGGUUUCCCGACCAUUUGAAGUUCUGCCAGAUCUGUGGGAAGUACGUUCCAAAGGAGAGAGGAUACUGGGAGGAGAUUCUACUCAAGGAAUGUGCAGGACGUGCUGGUAACACAGCAAGGAACUUCUUCGCAUGGACGGCAUCAAACAAUGCGAUGAAAGGCCCUGCACAUCAUCAGGAGCAGCAGUCCUUCUCCCGCAACAUGUGUCGAGCAGCCUACACCGAUACUGCGGGCAGCAUUGACAUUUCAAGAAGCCGAGAGAUUCUUCCUACAAACGUCGUCCCUAGGCACUAUGACCUUACCCUCGAAUGUGACUUUGAGAAGUUCACCUUCGAAGGCACGGUCAUUAUAGACCUUGACGUGGCAGAAGACUCAUCCCAAGUAUGCCUGAACACUCUCGAGCUCGACAUCCACAGUACUACCAUCCAAAAACCUGGUGCCCUUGUCAUCGAAAGUCCACGUCUCUCCUACAAUGAAGACACGCAGACUACAACGAUCAAAUUUGACGAGAAGUUGUCCAAGGGACAGAAGGUACAGCUCAAGCAGACUUUCACAGGACAACUGAAUGAUCAGAUGGCCGGAUUCUAUAGAGCAUCCUCGAAAGAUAAAGAUGGUAAGCAGAGGUAUUUGGCUGUAUCACAAUUCGAGCCGACAGACGCCCGACGAGCAUUUCCUUGCUUCGACGAACCUGCUUUGAAGGCUGAAUAUACCGUGACCCUGAUUGCCGACAAACACAUGACGUGUCUAAGUAAUAUGGACGUCGAGUCGGAAAAAUGGGUAGAUUCCAAGAUCACUGGAGGCAAGAGGAAAGCUGUGAAGUUCCACAAGUCACCGGUCAUGUCGUCAUAUCUGCUUGCAUUUAUCGUUGCCGAGCUCAAGUCUAUAUCUACGGACAAGUUCAGGCUCCCCAUCAAGGUCUGGAUGACACCUGAGCAGGAUCUAGAAGAUGGUCGAUUUUCCCUCGAGGUUGCUGCAAAGACCUUAGCAUUCUACGAAAAGGCUUUCGAUAGUGAAUAUCCACUGCCAAAGAUGGAUAUGGUGGCUGUUCCUGACUUCAGCGCUGGGGCCAUGGAGAACUGGGGAUUGAUCACUUAUCGGGUUGUCGAUCUCUUGUUCGAUCAGAAGACUGCUGGUGCUGCGACCAAAGAACGCGUUGCUGAGGUCGUGCAGCAUGAGCUUGCUCAUCAAUGGUUUGGAAAUCUUGUUACGAUGGACUUUUGGGAUGGUUUGUGGCUCAACGAAGGUUUCGCAACAUGGAUGUCAUGGUAUUCUUGCAAUGAAUUCUACCCAGAAUGGAAGGUAUGGGAAACCUUCACUAUCGACACUUUACAAGGCGCCUUGGGUUUAGACUCUUUGCGAAGCUCACACCCAAUCGAAGUACCAGUCCAUCGAGCAGAGGACAUCAAUCAGAUAUUUGACAGCAUUUCCUAUGCCAAAGGUUCUGCUGUUUUACGCAUGAUCUCAAAAUAUCUUGGGGAAGAUGUUUUCAUUGACGGAGUAAGACGCUACAUCAAAAAGCAUGCAUGGGGCAACACACAAACCGGUGAUCUGUGGGCAGCUCUCUCUGAAGCCAGUGGUAAAGAUGUCUCCACCUUGAUGGAUGUUUGGACCAAGCAUAUUGGUUUUCCUGUCAUCACCGUGGAAGAAGACGAAGCCAAGAAGGCCAUCACCCUGAAGCAAAACCGCUUCUUGCGAACCGGAGAUGUGAAACCUGAAGAGGACACCACCAUCUAUCCCGUCAUCCUCGGUCUGAAGACGAAGGAAGGGAUUGAUGAAAAUCUGAUGCUCGGCUCUCGGUCGGCCACUUUCACGCUCCCAGACUUGUCCUUUUACAAGCUUAACGCGGACCAUUGUUCCUUGUUCCGUACCUCAUAUCCUACCUCCCGCCUGGAAAAACUGGGACAAGCAGCCAAACAAGGUCUCCUUACAGUCGAGGACCGUGCUGGCAUGAUCGCUGACGCUGGCUCACUUGCUGCGGCGGGUUACCAAAAGACGUCCGGUAUUUUGCACCUUUUGAAGUCCUUUGAUAUGGAAUCCGCGUAUAUCGUCUGGAACGAGAUUCUCACUCGAAUCAGCGCUGUAAGAAGCACGUGGAUUUUUGAGGACGAAGACACCAAAGCUGCAUUGAAGCUAUUCCAAUUACAGCUUUGCUCCGCUAAAGCUCAUGAGCUGGGUUGGGAAUUCACGGAGAACGAAGACCACAUUCUUUCCCAGUUCAAAAGCCUCAUGUUCGGCUCGGCAGGGAUGGCUGGAGAUGAGAAGAUCAUCAACGCAGCCGACCAAAUGUUCAAGAGGUUCCAAGAUGGAGAUCUGGAAGCUGUGCAUCCCAACCUCAAACCUGCUGUCUUCGCCUUGGCACUGGUCCAUGGGGGCGAGAAGGAAUACAACACAAUCCUAGCGAGAUACCAUUCCGCAUCGACGGCCGAGGAGAGAAAUACCUGUUUGCGCGUGCUUGGACGCGCGAAGUCCCCGGAGCUGAUUGAUAGGACUUUGGGGCUUACGUUGAGCGGUGAAGUUAAGAUGCAGGAUAUCUAUAUGCCUAUUGCGGGAUUGAGGGCGCAUAGGGAGGGGAUCGAAAAGAGGUGGGAGUGGAUGUGUAGCGUUUGGGAUGAGCUUGUCAAGAGGCUGCCGCCAAGUGGGAACAUGUUGAGUUCCGUAGUGGGAAUGUGUGCGGGUGGGUUUACAAGGAUGGAGCAGAUGAAGAGGGUAGAGGAGUUUUUCAAGACAAGAGACACGAAGGGAUUCGAUCGCGCACUUGAUCAGACGCUGGAUAGUAUCAAGGCGAGGAACAGUUGGCUCGAAAGAGACGGAGAGGACGUCCGGGCCUGGUUGAUCCAAAAUGGGUAUCUGGGCAAGAUCCAGGAAACAAUGAAGCUAUAG